GGACGUGCCGGUGCGCUCCGCCGCCCCGGGCACCGACGGGCACCGGAGCAGGCCAUGCCGCCGCCGCUGCUGCUGCCGAUGCUGCCGCUGCUGCUGCUGCUCUGGCCGCGCCUGCCCCGCGCCGACCCGCUCUCCUACCCCGCGGUGAUUUCCCCGCAGGACCCCACGCUGCUGAUCGGCUCCUCGCUGGUGGCCACGUGCACGGUGAGCCCGGACAUCCCGCUCAAGGCCGAGGAUCUGUACUGGACGCUGAACGGGCGGCGCCUCCCGGCCGCCUCCUACGCCGCCCUGGGCCCCUCCACGCUCAGCGUGGCCCUGGCCCGCCUCAACGGCUCCAGGCAGCAGUCGGGGGACAACCUGGUGUGCCACAGCAGAGACGGCGGCAUCCUGGCCGGCUCCUGUCUCUAUGUUGGAUUACCCCCAGAAAAACCAGUCAACAUCACUUGCUGGUCCAAAAACAUGAAGGACCUGACCUGCAAGUGGGCGCCCGGGACAGAAGGGGAGACCUUCCUGCACACCAACUACACCCUCAAGUACAAGCGCAGGUGGUACGGCCAGGACAACACCUGCCAGGAGUACCACACGGCCGGCACCUACUCCUGCCACAUCCCCAAGGACCUGGCCCUCUUCACGCCCUACGAGAUCUGGGUGGAGGCGUCCAACCGCCUGGGGGUGGCCGUGUCCGACGUGGUCAUGCUGGACAUCCUGGACGUGGUGACCACGGACCCGCCGUCGGACGUGCACGUCAGCAGGGUGGGCGACCUGGAGGACCAGCUCAGCGUGCGCUGGAGCUCCCCGCCGGCCCUCAAGGAUUUCCUCUUCCAAGCCAAGUACCAGAUCCAAUACCGCGUGGAGGACAGCUCCGAGUGGAAGGUGCGUGGGCACGGCCGGGGGGCGGCGGGGGCGGCCGAGGGGCCGGGCGCUCCCAUGGCCUCGCUCCGCAGGUGGUGGAUGAUGUGGGCAACCAGACCUCGUGCCGCCUGGCCGGCCUGCGCCCCGGCACCGUCUACUUCGUCCAGGUGCGCUGUAACCCCUUCAGCAUCUACGGCUCCAAGAAAGCCGGGAUCUGGAGCGACUGGAGCAACCCCACGGCCGCCUCCACGCCGCGCAGCGGUGAGUGCGGCCGGCAGCGCCCGCCGGUGCCACCGGUGCCUCCGGGGCCGCCGGGGCCGCGGGGCCCUGCCCGGCACCCGGAUUUCUCCCAAAGGAGCCAGUUCGGAGCUCGGCUUUCCCAGCCGGGAGCCAAAACCUGCUCGUGCUCCUCUGGGCCCUCCUCAUCCGCGGCACGGCGGCGAUGGGGAGGGGGCGAGGCGCGUCCCCCCCGUGUGCCACCGAGCCCCUUGUCCCCGCAGAGCGAGUGGCGGGGGGCUGCGACGCCAAAGGGGGGGAGCAGAACACGACGCUGCGGCGGGAGCUGAAGCAGUUUUUCGGCUGGGUGAAGAAGCACGCCUACGGCUGCUCCAACCUGGGCAUCAAACUCUACGACCAGUGGCGCGUGUGGCUGCAGAAAUCGCACAAAACACGCAACCAGGUAGGUUCUUCCCGGCGAUAAGUUGUAGCCCGCGGGGGAGCGAGCGCCGGCAGGAUGGCACGGGGCGCCCGGCGCCCACCCGGGACCGCCCGCGCCCGCCCCGGCCCCGCCGCGGGGGCGCUGGGAGGCGGCCGGGGCGCAGCGCGGCCCCGCGGCCCUGGCGGAUGGGGUGGGCUGAGGCUGGGGGGCCGGGCUGGCCCAGCCCCGGGGGCUCUGUGGGACCCUGGCCCCGCGGCAGCGAGGGGACCCCCCAGCCCUGCCCGGCCGGGGGAGGCACCGAGGCUUUGCUCCGCCAGCCGGAGCAGCCUCUGGGAUGAAAGGGGCGGCGGGGGCUUCCCGGGUGACCCCUCCCUCGCCGCAGUUCCCCCCGGGAAGCGAUUUUGGCCUUUUUCUCGCCAGGGUCCCCACGUGCGAGUGCACGGAGGGGUCCGUCCCCAGGGAGCCACGCGGGCUGAUUGGAGGCUGCUGGGGUUUGCCCAGUGCCUGCUCCAGUUUUGAUUCAAACCAGCCUUAUUUUGGUUCCAUUUCAGUCAAUUAGGAACAGAUUUAAGCUUAAUGCCAAUAAACCUCUGAAAGCCCAGCGGGGUCUGCGUCAGCGGAGCGGCAGCGCUGCGCGGGGACGGGGAUGCAGCGGGCAGCCAAGUGGGGCCCGUGGCCCUUGUCACCCCAGCCCGGGG